AUGGUCAAGUCUAUCAUUGCUCUCACUCUUCUCGCCGCUGCGAGUAUUGCGGCACCUGUUUCGCAGCCGGGUAAUGCGGUCAUCCCUCGAGAUGGAGAUGGUAAUCUCCUCGGCGGCUCGGAUAGCGGUGUCGCCAAGCUGCUGGGCGGUCUGACUAGCCGCAACAGCGAUGAGGCUGACAAGGGUAGUAAGGGGAAUAUACUGGCUGGCAUCCCCAUCGUCGGCGGCCUCCUCCGUAAGAGAGAAGUCCAGGAUCUUGAACCCCGGGCGGAUAUCCUAGGCAGCCUGCCCAUCCUGGGUCCUCUUCUUGCCGCUGGUGACCAGAAAAAGGGAAAGGAAAACAAAAAGGGCACGGAGCACCAGACAACGAAGCAUGCGAGGGAUCUGGGUCUGUCAGACAUUACUGGAAAUCUCCCCCUCAUCGGGUCCAUCCUUGACUCGCUUCCGAAGAAGACCGAUGAUGCAGACAAGAAGCGCGAGGCGGACAGCUUCAGCGCUCUCCUAGAUGAAGCCGCCCCAGAGUUGCAACGCCGGGACGAGGAGCAGAAGCAUGAGAAUGAAGCCCGUGCCACACCUAUCCAGGGCGCCACGCUACUCGAUGUUCUCUUCAAGAACGGUGUUCUCGGCCGGCUCAAAGGUAUUAUUCCUGCAGCAUAA